AUUGAUAAAGUUUAUACAAUAUUGCAUGUCCUAAUGAGCACUCUAAAAUAUUGAUAACUCUCUAUCUCUCACAUAAGCUUGAAGGGUAUGAAAGCAAAGAAGAACAAACAAGCUAAAAGGGAAGAUAUGAUGAUCCUAGCAUCUAGCCAUAUCUUUGCUAAUUCAAUGCCCAUCUGAAUCAACGAGCGCUGGCUACAAAAAACUGGGAUAAUAAUGAGAAAUGCUAAAAACAUCCCAAUAAUAGAUUUGAUUGAUUAGUCUAUGGCUUUUGGUAGUUACUAUGAGAGGUGAGUUGUUUGCUAGUAAUAAUAUCCUGCCAAGACCUGUUAUUACAGACAAUUCCUAUGCGGCACUUCCAAGAAUGGGAGCCCACAAGCUCCUUAGGAAGCUCAAUUCACUGAUGAAGGAAUUAUGCAGCUGGAUGAGCGAGUUUAUUUUCAAAGAUUCGCGUCCAACUAUUAUCUCAAGCAAGCCUGGGGUAGACUCUGGGAGAGCUUUAUUUAAAAUCCAUAAUUAUGGAGUAAUUAUUUUUACUUCUUCAUCUUACGUCUCUUCCUCUGUCUUCUUCUCAUUCUUUUCUUUAACCACUUGGCUCUCAUUUUACUAUUGCAACCAAUAA